AUGUUACGACGAGCUUCUCAUGCAGGAACCUGGUAUCCAAGCAGUGAAUCAAUAUUAAUUAAUAAUCUUGAAAAAUUUUUACAAAUAAAAACUAAUCGAAUUGAGAAAAAUAAAAAUCAGAAAGGAAAAGUGUUAAUUACACCACAUGCAGGAUACGAGUAUAGUGGAAAUACAGCAGGAAUUGGAUAUUCACACAUGAAUUGGAGUGAUGUUGACCGAGUUUUUAUUCUUGGACCAGCACAUCAUGUAGAUCUUCAAGAAUGUGCAGUUUCAUCUUGUACUGAAUAUGAGACGCCAUUAGGAAAAUUAAAGAUUGAUCGAGAGGUAGUUAAGUCGUUAAUAAAGACAGGAUAUUUUUCUCAAAUGGAUCUUGAAACAGAUGAAGAUGAACAUAGCAUUGAAUUACAAUUACCAUUUAUAUAUUAUCAACUUGCUGAAUCGUCGCCAAAUGCAAAAAUUAUUCCAAUUCUUGUUGGUGCAAUUCUACCGGAACAAGAACAUAUCUAUGGAUGUCUUUUAGCGCCAUAUUUAAAAAAUCCAAAGAAUAGGUUUAUUGUUUCAUCUGACUUUUGUCAUUGGGGGCGUCGAUUUUCAUAUACUUAUUAUGCAGAACCAGGUCAACCUCCUCGCCAAAUAUCUCGCUUGAAUCCACCGUCUUUAGCAUGUCCUAUUUAUGCUUCGAUUGAACAAUGUGAUAGGGAAGGCAUGCGUAGGAUUGAGGAUGGAAAUCAUGAAAAAUUCAUAGAAUAUCUAUUGAAAACAAGAAAUACGAUUUGUGGACGACAUCCUAUUAGCGUAAUACUUUGUGCAUUAGCUGAAGCGGAAAUUCAUCAAAAAUUCCAUUUUCUUCAUUAUACACAAAGUAGUUUGUGUAAAGAGAUAUCAGAUAGUAGUGUUAGUUAUGCUACUGCUAUUGUUUCAUAUUAA